AGCAACAAAUGAUUUGGUGCCCCGUCGCUUUUCCCUCACCUUCCUCGUCUUCCCUUCCCCUUCGCCUAUAGAUCUCUCUCCUCCAUUACACCUCACCGCCAAUCUCACGUAGUCCCAGUGACACCACCGCGCCAAGAACCUCCAAGCUCACGCAGCGCUCGACCCCUGCAGCGCGCGCGCGGAGCGGCAGCGGCAAUGUCUUCCAACGGCAAGCCCACCCCGCAGCCCCCGGCCGCCACCAGCAACGGCGCAGGUGGCCCGCCCAAGAUGUACCAGCGGCCCAUCUACCGCCCGCAGCAGGCGCCCGCCAAGCGCCGCCGCGGCCGCUCGUGCCCGUUCAGCUGCUGCUGCUGCUUCUUCUGGACGGUCCUCAUCGUUCUCCUCCUCGCCUUCAUCGUCGCCGUCGCGGGGGGCGCCUUCUACCUCUUCUACCGCCCUCACCGCCCGGCCUUCACCCUCUCCGUCGCGCGCGUCACCAAGCUCAGCCUCUCCUCCUCCGCCACGGUCCCCGCGCUCACCGACUCCAUCGACGUCACGCUCACCGCCAAGAACCCCAACAAGAAGCUCGUCUACCUCUACGACGACUUCACCGUCACGGCCGCCACCGCCGCUAACGCCGUCCCGCUGGGGGAAGCCUCCGUGCCCGGGUUCGCCCACGAGGCCGGCAACAUCACCGUCAUCAAGGCCACCGUCUCCGCCUCCGCGCUCGGGGUCGACCCCACUGCUGCGAGCUCCGACAUCAAGAAGUCCGGCGACUUCUCCAUCACCCUCGACCUGGAGACCAAGGCCGGCGUCAAAGUCGGCGGCCUCAAGACCAAGAAGAUUGGCAUCCAGGUGCACUGCGACGGCAUCAAGGUGGCCGUGCCCGCGACGCCGCCCGCGCCGGCGAAGAAGAAGAAGCUAGCGAAGGCCGCCGCCGACGCGCCUUCACCGGCGGCCGUCGACGCGCCUUCGCCGGCGGCCGUCGACGACGCGCCGUCGCCGCCCGCGGCGGCGACCACCGUCGCGCGCGUGUGCCAGGUCAGGAUCCGAGUCAAGAUCUGGAAGUGGACCUUCUAGUCGCAUCGACAACCUGCUAGGGGCCGCAUUGCAAAAUUUUCGGGUAAAAGAAAGUUGCUUUGCUUUUCACGUCGAUUGAAGUCUAGUAGGAAACAGAACCAGAAUCAAUCGUGUGUCGCUGUAAAUUGUUUUCUGUUUGAAUUUUACGAAAUUUGGCGGGGGAGGGAACGAAGCCGAGAAGUGGUGUGGUAAGAAAGGAAAGGAGGCUACGCAUCAUCAUGCAGUAUUGCAGUGUGAGGCUUGAAAGAUUUGUUCAUUUUUUUCCCAUUUCUUUUUGUAGUGCUACUGUAUUGUUUAUUUUGGUUAUCUUGUUAUUAGUGCAAGUACAAUUUGGGGAUUUGUUACUUUUUACUAUGUAAUCCAAAUUAUCUGAGUGUACAAUUGGUAGUGACAUGCAAUGUAGUACUGUAUUGUCAAAUUACUACCUUUUGUGUUCCAAGUUUUGAA